AUGCGGCAGGUUCAGGGCGAUGAGUCCUCGGUGGGCACCGAGGAGGAGUUCGUAGAAUAUGCAGGAUCCCGCUGGAUCUUCCCCCUUGGAACUGAAGGCUGGUUCUACGGGAAUGAGAGUCCAACAGGCAUGGCAUGUUUCCAACCUGGGCAUCGGACGCGCCUGAGUGCAGUCCCGGCCGAGCAGAGCCAGGUGGACGGGCCGAGAGGGGGCCUCGAGGAGCGGGUCACCGCUGGGCCACAGGACGCCAUGAGUGGGGAGCAGACCUCCCAGGGCAUCCGGUCCGGCGCCGACGUGGACGUGGAUGGAGUGUCACGAAACGGCAUGGGCCUCCACUCAGCUCAAGUUGGUCAACCUUCCCGCUGCUCUGACAUCCAGCCCUCUGACAUCCUGACUCCCCUCGCAGCUGGCGCAGCUCCAGCCCUGUUCCCGAAGCAGAGGGAGAGCCCUGCGCCCCACACCCACCCCUGCGUCUCCUGCGUCCUGCACCGCGGCACAGACACGGAGCCAGUGCUCGGUGACCCUGACGUGCAGCGAGGGCCUCCUGUCCUAACUUCUCCAGGCACACUUGUGUCUUCGCUAGGUCUGGAGGUCCGAGGAACACGCCUCUCGCGGAAGGACUCCAAGACGGCUCUGGGCCCGCGGACGGCACGCCAGAGCUGGGAUCGGAACCACCAGGCCCGGGCAGACCCAGGGAGGAGCCCCCCUGCUCAAAGCGAAGGUGUGAGCGACUCCAGACCGGAGCACGGUCUGGACAGAGGCCAUUGCACCAACUCGGAGAGCAGCGCGCUUCAGGCCGAGUGUGCCCGCGGCAGCACGCCCGCUCCCGGCCCCUCCGCCCGGGGUGCGGACCGGCGGGGAUUUGGGAAGAGGCGGCACCCCAAAAAGCUGACCCCUUUAGCCUACAAGCAGUUCAUCCCCAACGUGGCCGAGAAGACCCUAGGGCCAGCGGACGAUACGAAGAAGAUCUCGAGAAACUCGGAGCGAUUCAAGGAACUCACCCCCAAUUACAACCCCGACAUCAUCUUUAAAGACGAAGAAAAUACGGGAGCAGGGCUGAUGACUCAGCGCUGUAAGGACAAACUGAAUGCGUUGGCCAUCUCGGUGAUGAACCAGUGGCCCGGAGUGAAACUGCGGGUGACCGAGGGCUGGGACGAAGACGGCCACCACUCGGAGGAGUCGCUGCACUAUGAGGGCCGCGCGGUGGACAUCACCACGUCAGACCGAGACCGCAGCAAGUACGGCAUGCUGGCGCGCCUGGCCGUCGAGGCCGGCUUCGACUGGGUGUACUAUGAGUCCAAGGCGCACAUCCACUGUUCCGUGAAAGCAGAGAAUUCGGUGGCGGCCAAAUCCGGCGGCUGCUUCCCGGGCUCGGCCACGGUGCACCUGGAGCAGGGCGGCACCAAGCUGGUGAAAGACCUGCGUCCCGGGGACCGCGUGCUGGCGGCCGACGACCAGGGCCGACUGCUCUACAGCGACUUCCUCACCUUCCUGGACCGCGACGACGGCGCCAAGAAGGUCUUCUACGUGAUCGAGACGCGGGAGCCGCGCGAGCGCCUGCUGCUCACCGCCGCGCACCUGCUCUUCGUGGCGCCGCACAACGACUCGGCGGCGGCCGGGGAGCUGGAGGCGCCGUCGGGCGCGGGGCCGCCGCCGGGGGGCGCGCCGGGGCGCCGGGCGCUCUUCGCCAGCCGCGUGCGCCCGGGCCAGCGCGUGUACGUGGUGGCCGAGCGCGGCGGGGAUCGCCGGCUGCUUCCGGCCGCCGUGCACAGCGUGACGCUGCGCGAGGAGGCCACAGGCGCGUACGCGCCGCUCACGGCGCAGGGCACCAUCCUCAUCAACCGGGUGCUGGCGUCGUGCUACGCGGUCAUCGAGGAGCACGGCUGGGCCCAUCGGGCCUUCGCGCCCUUCCGCCUGGCGCACGCGCUCCUGGCCGUGCUGGCGCCCGCGCGCACGGACCGCGGCGGGGACGGCGACGGCGGGGGCGGCGGCCACCUGCCCCCGCCCGCGCCGGCUGCGCCCGAGGCGCCGGGUGCCGCGGGCAUCCACUGGUACUCGAAGCUGCUCUACCAAAUAGGCACCUGGCUGUUGGACAGCGAGGCCCUGCACCCGCUGGGCAUGGCGGUCAAGUCUAGCUGAAGGCCGGGGAGCCGGG